AUGGCACAGGAAGCGGAGGCAGACUCUGCAGAGAAUGUGCCAAAUCUUCUGGACAAGUUUGAUGAGUCUCAAAGGAAUGAAGCAGUUGGCCGACUGCUGAAGCUCGAGAACGAGGAUACCUGGAACGAGCUUCUCAACAGGUUUGCCCGCACGCGUGGCGUCCCGCGGCAAGUCACUUUCAGAUCUCUCACCGGAGAGGCUGUUGAGUUGACACUUCCACCGCAGCACACUCUCUUUCAUGCCAAGCAGGCUCUGUUGGACAAUGUUGCCAAGAAGAUGCCAGCUCUAGAAGUCGGCUACCGCCGGGAUGCACGGUUCUUUGCUGGAAGCGAGCUCCUUGACGAAAAGAUGCUUGUGGCGAUGCUGCCUGACGAGGUCUCUGUGGUGUUCGAUCAAGAGGAGGAGGACGAGAUCGAAUUCGACCUCUUCCCUUUUACUACAGCCGUCCGCCUGGUGCGCGAUGCCGUGGAUUCUGGCUCCACAAACUCCUUGCCUGCGCAGCUGGAGGCCUAUGGCUUACAGUUCUGUAGGUGCACUGCUUUGUUCACGCCUGCCUGCGAGAUCUGGAGUUUGGGCACAGGAACACCACCGACGUCCAUGGCUCUUCCGGAAGGCAUCGAGUCCGACAGGCGCCUGGAGGAGGUAAGGCAAAGUGUGAGGAGUCUCCAGGACAUCUCCGACAAGUUGGGAGACAAGCUUCAGGUCCCGCGAGCCAAAAAUUAUCUCCAGCAGCUUGUGGAUUGCAUCAGCCCAAACAGAAACCCGGCAGGCUACCGGCUUUGCCAAGAAGAGCUUUCGCGAGUGGGCGGUCCUGGGGUUCUCUUGCACGCCGCCGGCCGGACUGAUAACGACCUCUUGCGGAGUUUGGUCCUGGAGACCUUCGCGCACAUGACGUUUGACAACGCUGGCCUAGCAGCGUCUGUUCUGGGUGAGCAUGGGGACGGCCUGCUGCGCGCGCUCAGGACUUCCCUGGCAAAUGGCUCGGUUCCAGAGCGACUGUCGGCACUGCUCUUGGCGCAGGCCCUGGCAGUGGCUGAAGCUCCGCCAGCAGUCCUCGAGGUGCUUGCCUCGGAAGCGGAGCGGUUUCUCGUCUUGAAGGACGGCAGCCAUGGCUUCGCACAACUUGGUGAGGCAGCCCUAGAUGUUUUGGCCUCCGUGUCCUUCGCGCACCCCACCGCUGCGAUCGAGAAUCUGGGCUGGAGCAAGAUGGCAGCGCUCUUGGAGGAGCGCGACAGCCCCCCGGAGAGCGGGACAGAGCAGCUCCAGGUUCUGGUUUGUGGUCUGCUGGCCGCCAACUGCCUAGCCGCAGCUGAUGACUCGGUGGCAGAGGAAGUCCACAAUCGACUGGCUUCUGGAAGCUUCUUUCGGCUAUAUGCUCAAUGCCUUGCGGCCUCCGUCGCUCGCGAGGCAUGGCCGCAGGAUUCCAACACCUACCACUCCCCACGGCGCCUCGCUCGUGCGGCAUCGCGCCUCGCGACACUAGGCUUCCGCCGAGAGCUGCUGCCUGCAAUGACGCUGCUGCCGAGAAUAGUUGAGGGCUUUGGUGAUGGCGCCCCCGUUGAGGCACUGAAAGCACUGAAAUCUUUGGCCGCCGACGCGGAAUGCUUGGAGGCAUUGCUGAUGGAGGAGACUUUCCGCGAGACACUGGAAGGCCUUCAUCGAGAUGUGCCAGAGGCAAGAGAACUGCUGAGUUACAUGGAGCUCGUGGAGAGUGCUAUGGCAGCAGGGCAGUCUGCCAAGGCCGCGCAGGCCCACGAGAAUCCAAUGGCACCUUCAGUGAUGCAGCUCACGGACAUCUUCAGCAAAUUCUCUCCUCUGGACGGAAGGAUGGACCUUGUCCACCUGGCCUCCAUUUGCGCUGCGGUGCCUUUGGCCCCAGCAGAAGCAGUCCGUCGCUCGCUGCAGUCCGAGACGAACCUGACUUUGCAGUCUUUCCUAGAGCAUGUCUACGGCACCCCGACCAUCUUGGGUUGGUGGCCAAGCCUCAUGGAGGAGCCGGCCUCUCUUGCUGCUGCCACGGUGGGUGCCGGUGGUCCAGGCUUAGCGCAGCUGGUCGCGAGUUUCGAAGCGGCGUCAGGGGGCCGAAGCGGGCUGCCAAUCCAGGAGCUUCACGACGUUCUGCUUCCAUCUAUUGGGAUUGAAACCGAUGGCGCCGUAAUCGAGGCGAAGUUCGCUGAGCUUCACGGGAGCGCCCCACUGAGCUUCAAGGACUUCAUGCGAUGGAUCGCUGCAUGGUUGCAAUGCCUCAAGAGGGCCUCCGGUCAGUGCAUGCGCCCGCGGCGCGUGAAGCUGGGUUCUGCUGGCCGCCUCCGCUUCGAGCGUUUCGAGGUACCGGGUCGGCAUGAAAGCCUGCUGGUCAUCCGGGGAUUCGCUUCUCAUGUCAGGCAUGAAGAUGCCCUUUGCUGGGCCAAGGAGGCUCCAUGGGGAUUCGACGAGUGCGCCGACGACAUGCAGUUCCUUACCCAGUGGCACUUCCUUGACCUGGCUAAGUUGGGGCAGCUUCUGCGUUGCCCAGACUUUGCCCGCACGGUGAGCCUCCACGUGAGCGAGGCCGGCUUCGGCCAGAUGCGUUGGUACGGAGCAUCGCGUGAGACGUCACGGCACAGCGAUGGCUUCGAUGGAACCUGCAUAGAUACGGGCAAGACCGUCGUCGGACAAAGCCGCCUGCUCCUUCGGCUGGGAGGGCCCGGCUUCCUCCAAUUCUUUUUCGAGAGCGCCGGAGGGCCGGGUGGACGUCUGGACUUGUGUCUUGACCAUGGUGAUCUGGUGCUAAUGGACCGCGCCAUCGCUGGUACUCGUCCCAGUGGCUGGCAGCGACAGCACCACCUUCGCGUGACCCAUCGUGCCGGCGGCCUGCUUGCACGCGCUUCCGGGCUGAUUCUACCGCCCGCAGCUUCGUCACGUUGGUAUGGACAACGAAACUCCACAGAGAGGUAUUCUUGGCUCUGCUGCUAUCCCGGUGGAUGCAGGACUUGCGGGAAGCUGUUUGCUCCCCGCCCGAGGGUCUCGCAUGUUGGCCCGAAGAUCCGCGUGACAUCCGCGACCAGCUGGAGUGGAAGGAACUGCUUCCCUGGGCGCCUGGCCGAACCCUGGCAGAUCGCCAGCAAAGAGUGGAAGCCAGGCUUCAGCAUCCGGACGGAUCGACCCAUCCACUUCUUGGAGGAACAGCUCAUUGGUUCUGCAGACGAGAUGGACGAUCGCACCUUGCUUCUUCAAAUCCAGCGCGUGCAGGUGGUGCACUUUGCCGUGUGGGUGUCGGCACAACUGCGCGAAAGCAGUGCCGUGGAGAGGCUUUUGCCUUACCUCAGUGCCGAAGAUGUCUUCGCCAAGGCAAAGUACCAAGCGCGGCCAGGAAAGACGGACAAGGUAGCUGUUUGCCCUUGCCCUGCCAUGCGCUUGGCGUGCUUUUAUUUACAGAGGUUUGCCUUUUUCUUGGCACCUGUACUUUCUGAAGACUUCCUAUGGCUGAGUCAAAGCUAUGAUGAGAUUCCCCAAUGGCUUCUUGAUCUAUCCGAGAAUCCGAACAGCUUCGUCUUGGUGGGGAUCUUCGGGCCAUGUUCUGGCAGCACCAGAACCGCGAAGAUCCGACGUCUUUGCUUAGAGCUCGGGUUAGACUCGGGACGGGGACACAAUCGAGUGGUGCAACUGGGAGAUGUCUGGGAGAAGGAGCGGAGAAGGAGGUUUCAUUACUUCAUCUAUGCCGACGACAACGGUGAGUUUACUUUCAAGGCCAACUGCUCCCCUAGUGGAUGCGGGGAUAUCGGCUUGACACCGGACCCAAAUGAGACGGCGCCUCUUUUCUUUCAGCGUCUGCUUCUCGUGCAGCAGCCGGCGGUAUCAUCCCCGAUCUUGGGGGACGAGGACUGCCGGCCGGAGAGGAUGUUCAGCUGCUCGACGGUCUUUGACCGGAAGUGUAUCGCCUUCCAUUGGUCCGUGCGACGUAACUUCCGAGUGUUCGAAGAUUUCGUGGAGGUGUCCAUGCUCGCCGCUGCCACUUGUUCUCUCAAUGAGGUGAUGGAAGCAGCCUAUCGUGGAUACACGUGGUCGUACCGGGCAUUUCAGACAACCGGGAACGGCACUCGUUACCAUGAGCACAGAGGAAGCUACAUCCGAAACAUGCAUCCUUGCUUCCCCCGCAAAGUUCCGGGUGGCUACCAGGACAGUCAACUAGUCGCCUGGAUGCGGCCGCAACUCUCGCGAUGCGCUUCCGAACAGCUCGGGCCAUCAUCAGAGCUUCAGCGCGGUUGCGAUCCGGAAGAUCAGUGUUUGAACCCUCCCAGGAACGUGGAUUAUUCGACCUUUUUAACAUGUUCUCCAUGGGCAAGGGGGGAGGACUACUGCGUGAAGAAGCCGACAAGUGUGACACGUCUUCCUAAGCUGGACGGACAGCGCUUUGUGAACUUAUACAUGGGCGGCAUGCUCGGGCAUGGACUGCCGGAUAUUCCACAGUUGGAUCCGACGAGCCCUCGAGAUCGACUUUGCUCCCUCGGCCGCCGCAACUAUAAAGGUCUCGUUCGCCACUUCGCGUCCAGGCCGACUAUGAGAAAGAUAUCUCAUCUGCCAGCCGAUGGACAUUGCAAUGACCUCUGCAAUGCGCUGUUGAUAGGGGCUACAGUGCAAGCUAAGCAUCCCAGCCAUGCCGUCGCCGAGGUGGCCAAGUUGCAAGCCAUAGAAGAGAGCCACAUCUGCAUGACAAGCUUUCUCCGCACCUGGUCCAUGAUGGACCUCCUUGGAUCAGGAUGGUCUUCAAUGUACGAGCUGCUCCAACGGGAGGUUGAGCGUCGCUCCCCCCAAAGCCAAGUUGGAGCUAGGGACCCAGUGGCUUUGACGGCAGCCGUGCCGCGCGAGGUCUGGGAAUCCAUUUCGAUUCCGGGGGACCUCGGCUGGAGCGAUUAUCCGUGUCAGGUAGACACCUUUGUGAGGCUGAUUCUUCGGGGUGUCGAGAAUUCAACACUCCGUGCUGGAUUUGUGCAUGCAGCGCAGACUUACAUUUUCAGCUGUGAGAUCGGAUCAUGGUUGCACCCAAGUAUGGCAUCUGUUUGGGCGGUCAUCGUGCUCAUUGGACGCCUGGGCGUGAAUGUGGAGGUCACGUCGCCUUGUGACACAUAA